AAUCCAUAUGCAGUUGUAUUCUUUUCGCUACUUUAAUUCUGAUUUAAAACUUCCUUGCUUUACCUUGAUUUGUACAUACAGUCAACUGUUUGUAGACGCAACGGCUUAACACGUUGAAUACUUGAAAAUCGCCGUAUCGCACGUGGGAUUUGACUGUUACAGUUUUGAUUGUUUGUAAUGUUAUAUUGUGUAUAAUUGGGACGCAGUCGUCAACAGCAAGGCAUUCACUGUUUGAAUACAAAAGUGAUGAGAUUCAUUUUACAAAACGGGACUUUAAAAAAAAAAAAUCCAUGCGUGCUAGCGAUCCUAGUUGAAAUGUGAGCUUUAAUGUGGCAGGUAGUGUGACAGGGAAAGCGACACGCAAAAUCCGUGUUCUCGUACGAGAUUGAGAGGAUGCUAUCAAUAUACUGGGACAACAAAUAACUGCAUACAUAUUGGAUAACUGUCACAUGCUUCCUUAACAUUUCAGAAUGAAAAUGAUGACGUUUUAGCAUUGUGUGUUUUGAUCCGGUGCAUAUCAAAUGAACAAUUUGACCAAAAAAAUAUUUAAAGUUCUUAACCUUGUUAAACAUGAAGAAAGUUUUGAGCUGCGUGGAUGAUGGGAGAGCUGGUGGAACCCGUGGGGGAAAGGACGGUCAAGACGUUCACGUCUGCUUUUGUGGAAAUGACGGGCAAGUGCCUCGCUGGUGUCCAUGGCUAGUCGUUACCGUAGCGAUGACGUCACGUAUGGCAUAUAUGACGUCACCGGAAUCAUGGUGGCUACUGCAUCCAGAUGAAGUAUACCAAUCUAUGGAAGUGGCGUUCUCCGAGGUGAAUGGUUACGGUUUCCGUCCAUAUGAGUACCUUCCGGCACCAAUCAACGUAACGACGUCAGUGGAAAACCGGACAUUGACGUCAGGAAUGUACGGCCUCAGAUCCUUCAUGUUCCCAUAUGUGUUCGCUGCACUGUUGUACGCUACAAAGCUCAUUGGCAUCGGUUCAAGCCCUUUCAUGAUAUGCCGAUUGUUUAACGUCGCCGUGACGUCCAUGCUGCCGAUGUCUGUCUACCUCUUUACCAACAAAGUGUUCUGCUGUCGUCUGCUCGCUGUCGGAGCAUGCGUGUUGAGCGCCACCCAGAUUCACCUCGUCGUGUUCGGCACACAUGCUCUCGUGAACAGCUUCACAGCGCCGAUCUUGUUCUACUGUUUGUACGUGUGUAUACCUACAGUGGCCAAUGUGCAAGAAAGUCACACCAAGAGACCAGGCAGUGAACCGUACGCAGAUACAUGCUCAAGCGGAUAUUCGUCCUCGUCGUCGGUAGACCAGUGUCCAACCGUCACUGGCGUCCGGAAAAGAUCCAGGUUUCCUAGCGACAACAACAAGUUUCCUAGCGACACCAAUAACAAUUCAAAACAAGCCGCAGUGAGUCCUGCACGCGAUCUUGGCAACAGUUCGUUAAGUCGACUCUAUUGUCUGGUGGCAUCUGGAUUUUUGCUUGGACUCAUUUGUUCUGUUAGAAUGGACAAUGCACUGCAGUUUUCCGUUGUUUACGCUUCACUGAUAUUAACCAUGAAAUCUCAUUGGAAAACAAGAUUGACGGAAACCAUUGCAAUAGCUGUCGGAUGCACGAUGGCUAUUAUUGUCGGUGUAUGUUGUGAUAUGCGUAAUUAUGGGAUCAACGUCAUAUCGCCCUUGCAGUGGUUCAAGUUUAACAUAUUGUCCGGCAAGGCUAGUAAACUGUUUUCAUCACCAAUGAGUGCCAGCUACUGGUAUGAAUUCGUGAGCGACACUUUCCAUGUUUGUUCAACUUGUCUGUGUAUAGUUUUCUUUGGAUACGUUUACCUCGGUGAUAAGGUUCACGUGAAAAACAGUACUCGGCCGUACAAAGUCAUUUCAAUGGUAGUUUCAUUUGUACUUACGUUAGUUAUAUAUUCCAGUGUUAGCCACAAGGAAACCCGGUUUAUUCAUAACGUGUUUGUCCUAUAUUCAAUAAGUGUUGCUCUUGCCGUCCAUGACCUUGUGAGUGCCAUUUCAAAACAGUUGCGGCGUAUGCCGAUGAAACUUGCUUUGCUAACAAUAUCAGUAUUGUGUGCAGUAAACACAUACGUUGGAUUUCCAAGCGUAAACAAUCGAAAUACGUCCAAAUGGUCGUACGGACAUGCCAGAGAUUCUCGCGACUUGAACAUCUGUUUAGAUGUCAUUCGACGUCAACCGAACGUGAAUGGAGUUGUGAUAGACGGCGAUAUUUAUGACCUCGCCGGUUUCACCGUCCUAAACCAUGACGUGGCUUUGGUUGUAAAAACGUAUCACGAGUUCUAUGUAUACAGCGGACGACGAGAAAAUGCCUUUGCCUUGAACGAAAGAAUACGCAUAUUGAACUACAUUGAUGAUGUAUUUCAUGAGUCGAAUAUGUAUUACAUGUUUAAGAUUAUGUCCAGGGAUGAAACAUACAACUAUCUCCUGUCUAAAAGGUUGCAGACUCAUCAUUCACGCAUGUAUCAAGAAAUGUAUAAAUGUGGAAAUUACAAAAUCUAUCAGAAAAACAGAAAUUCAUCUAGAACAAGCUCACGAGACAAUCCAUUUUCUGUAAACGCGACUAUUGUUGAAUACGAAGCCAGCUGGCUUAUAACUCAUAGUUUGUACGAGAUAGCCAUCGAGAGACUCGGUGACGUCAUUAACAUUUCCAUGGUAACCAAAGGUCAAGGUCAAGAUACGUCAUCAGAUGUUAAAGGUCAAGCUAGUGUAAAAAUGUACCAGCAGCUGAUGGCAUGCUACUUCAAGCUGGGAAAAGUUCAAGUGUCAGAACACGUCCAACAUGCCUGCUUUAGAAAGUUUGGACAAAGGUCAUGUUUGACGCCGCAGCCGAAACUUGUGUUACAUGAGGAAUAUGAACGUUUCGGUUGAAAACGUCAAUCUGUUGUGUUUUUCUUUUCAAAUGGCUAAUGAUAACACUAGUCUUUUUUAUUGCUCAACUUUUUAGUGAAAUUGCUGAUAUUUAUUAUAAAGCGGGUUAUGGCACGCCUUUUCAUGGCGUUUUAAUAAAUGAACAUCAACAACAAAUACAAUAACAUCUUUUAUUUUUCAACUGUUAUACUAGAUCCAUAUUGAGAUAUCACAUA